AUGACAAAUAAUAAUCAGAAUGACGAUAAUGAUAAUGGAGAAUCACUGAAUAUUGUUAAUGUUCACGAUCCAUUCUUUUUAUGGGGUUUACUUGAACAUUCUGAUCGUUCAUUAAUUCGAGCCUAUGAAACACUUCCAGAUGAUGAUCGAAGUCGUUUAUAUUGGUCAUGUCAUUAUCAUAAACGUGUAAAUGUAUGUGAAUAUGUAUUAAAUAAUUGUGAAUUAGUUCGAACAGCUCAUAAUGCAAUUAAAAAAUUAUCUGAACUAGCAAAAGCACAUAAAACUAAAACACCUGACUUAACAGAGAUACCUGUACCAUUUAUGUUACCAACAUCACCAGAUUUUAUUGUUAAUGAACUUUGUGAUGGUUCAUUUAUAACAUCAAAAGGAAAACCAAUGAAAUUUACUGUUAUCGAUCAAUGUGGCAAAAGAAAAACAUGUAUUUAUAAACAUGGUGAUGAACUAUUACAAGAUGCUCUAUGUCUUGCUGCAAUGAAAGAAAUGAAUACGAUAUUUAAAGAAGAAUAUAUUAACGUCGAAAUUGUUACUUAUGAAGUUCUUCCAGUUGAUGAAACAGAAGGUCUUAUUGAAUGUGUUGAAAAUGUACAUCCAUUUCUUGAAUUUAAAAAUACUGACGACGACAAAAAUUCAAAAUCUUCAGAUGCAUUAAAAAAAUUUAUUGAACAAUCAUCAGAUAGAAAAAUAAAUUUAUAUCGAACAUUUCUUGGUUUCGUCAUUUCCGGAAUUGUUUUAAAACUAGCGGAUCGGCAUGGUAUAAGUUAUUUUCUUUUUUUGAAGUAA